AUGAUUUCCGGUGGAGGAGGAAGAAGUUCAUCGUCAUCAUGGGCACCCACGACCUCAGUCUCAGCUUCGGGAAAGAGAAUUCAAAGGGAAAUGGUUGAACUCAACAACGACCCUCCUCCUCAUUGCUCUGCUGGUCCCAAGGGUGAUAACCUCUAUCAUUGGAUCGCCACCAUUAUUGGUACCUCAGGAACACCUUACCAAGGUGGCAUAUUCUUCCUUGAUAUAAUAUUUCCAACUGAUUAUCCUUUUAUGCCUCCCCAGGUAGUCUUCAAAACUCGCAUUUACCAUUGCAAUGUAGAACCUAAUGGCCGUGUUAGUAUAGGAAUAUUGAAGGAUGGUUGGAGUCCAGCACUAACAAUUACUAAGGUGCUACUUGCAGUUAGAUCGAUUUUGACAAAUCCCGACCCUUAUAAUGCUGUUGUUCCUGGCAUUGCUCACUUAUAUUUGGGAGACAGAGCGAAACAUGAUGAUAUUGCUGCAGAGUGGACCCUCCGAUUCGCCAAGUGA